GGUUUUACGUACUUGUUAUCAGUGAAAAUAAAUAUUAUGAAUACUACUUGGGUUGUAAUUAUAUACAUAUAUGCGUACGUAUUGGUGGAUAGCAUCAGUAUUUGGUUUUGUGAGUGGCUUACAAAUACUUUACAGUUCCACUGUGCGGAUUGCUAUUCAUGUUCUUCCAUCCGUCGUUCAGAGAAUGGUUGAUGAGUUCGCCAUCAGUUCUGUACACACAUAUAAAAAUAAUUCUACUCAUUCGAUGUUGCGUCACUUACCUGGAUCAUUCCCACAACGUCAUCCAAUUCUUCGAUAUGCCUUGGAUACUUACUACGGUUGCCUUCAAUCGUCUUAUAUCUGUGGCUAUAAAGGUGUUCGAUAUCUGUAUUAUUCGACGAACAGCACUAUAACAUAUACUACCGCACUACGUUGCCUACUGAAAUCGCUUUAUUCAUUGCUUAUUUCGAUUAUGCGCUAGUUUUAACUUGUUUAAAUGCACCGUUCGCGGAAUCCCUUUUACUUCGAUCUUGACGUUUUGGUUGUGCAAGAUUUCUAGCACUUUGUAUGGUCCAGUAUAUUGAUCGGAGAAUUUUCCUUUACUGGGUUCUUUUAGUAAAUAUAUCGAAUCUCCUAUUUUAAAAUCUUGGGGGUUGAUUCGUCGGUCGUAAUAUUCUUUUGAUCUUAGUUUGGAUUUUAUCAAAUAUUCUCUUGCCAUUCGUUGUACAGUGUUAAUUUUAUCGAACAGAUCUUCGAGAUAUUCUGCGUAAGUUGGUUCCAUGUUCUCUUCGAUUAUUACUUCACCAGUAGGUUCUCUGGCUAGAUGUCCAAAAACUAAUUCGUGCGGGGAGAAUUUCGUUCCUUCGUGUACAGAGGUAUUAUAGGAAAACAUAGCUAAUUCUACCCAUUCGUCCCAAUUUUUGGAAUUUUCAAUAUAUAAUUUGAGAUAUUCUAUCAGCACGUGGUGAAAUCUUUCGAUUGAACCGUUACUUUGUGGAUGAUAUGCCGUCGUGGUAUAUUGUUUGAUGCGGAAUCUCUUUGCUACUUUCUUCAUUAGUGAGGAUGUAAAGUUCGUCCCUUGAUCAGUGAGAAUAGCUCUCGGUGACCCGAAACGACAAAUCGCUUUACAAAAACGUCCGCUAUCUCGGCUGAAGAGAUUCCUCCUAGUGGAAUCCCAAUUGAGUAUUUUGUUAAUAAGUCUUGGAUAGUUAAUACAUAUUCGUUUCCCUUUUGGGUUUUUGGUAAUGGACCUACAAUAUCCAUACUAACCUUAUCGAACGCUUUACCUGGUGUGUCUGUAAGUACCAUUGGUUGCUUUGCUUUUAUUCUUGUGAGUUUCUUCAAUUGACAUUCCUUACAUGUUCUUACGUAAUCUUGAAUUUCCUUUUUCAUAUUUUCCCAAUAGUAAUGUUGUCGUAUUCUUUGAUAAGUUUUUGUUAUUCCUUUGUGUCCUGCUACGCUUGAUUCAUGUUUUUCUCAUAUUAUGUUGUUCCGCGCUUCCACAGGUGGGGUAAUUACUUCCCCAGUGCAAAUGGUGAUGGUUAAGGUUUUUUCCAUAAAUAUUUCCUUUAAUUUUCUGAUUGUAUAUCGCCAGGGUAUUUCCUCCAAGUUUCCUUUGCUAAUGCUGAACGAAGUUAACUGUUUUUCAUUUACUACGUCUAAUAGAGAUCUUAGCGAGUUUAAUAAAUUUUCUGGUGUUAUUGGAAUAUUUCUAUUUUCCUUUAUCGGUAGGAAUACAAUGUAUUUUCCAGAAUCGUAAUUCAAUCUUGCUUUUUCUAACAUUAAAUCUUUAUAACGAGGCAAUUUUCCCGUUUCCUUCAUUUCUAAGGCUCCUUUAUUUAUCGGAUUGCCAUGUAUAUCUAUAAAUACUACUUUAUGGUCAUUUACUCUCGCAAUUGAGUCUCGGGUUUCUGAAAUUCUUAGUUCCGCAAUUAUCGUAGGUCUCGUGUCCUUUUCUCGUUGUUGAAUUGGUUCUGGAAUUACAGUGGAGGUCUCUUUUUCGCUUGUUGUAUCCGUGUCUUCUUUUUCUCGAUUGGUUAUUUCUCUAUCUGUACUUACAUCGAUUUCUGCUAAUGCUUGGUCUAAAUAUUUUAUGGGGGUUUCUUCUAUUGUAAAAUGUUUUCGGGUAAAACCCUUUCCUUGAUUUUUAGAAUCACUGGAUUGAGGCAAGACGUGUGGUUUAGCUUCGAAUAUGGGAGAGUCUUCGGUUGACGUAUCUAUUUCGAAUCUUUUUGAGACAGGAUAGCGAAUCGGUGAGACUUCCUCUCUCUUUCUGAUUGGUAAACAAACUUCCGGAGGGUUCCUAGAUAAUGCGUCUGCGUUUGCGUUCGCCCUGCCUUCUUUGUAUACAAUAUCAAAUUCGAAGUCCGAUAACUUUAAUUUCCAUUUCCAAAUUCUUGAAGUAGGGUCUUUGAUAGAAUGCAUCCACACUAAAGGUUUAUGAUCGGUUACGAUGGUAAACUUUCUUCCGUAAAGAUACGGUCGGAAGUGCAUUGCGCUGUAAACAAUUGCCAGACACUCCUUUUCUAUGGUAGAGUAGUUUUGUUCGGCGGGAUUUAAUAGCCUUGAGGCAUACGCUAUCGGCAAAUUCUUUCCGAUUGGCCCUUGACUCAGUACACCGCUUAUUGCAUAUCCUGAUGCGUCUGUAGUAAGGUUAAAGGGUUUAGAAAAGUCUGGAUAUUGCAGGAUGGGUUUCGUCACUAACGCUGUCUUUAAAUUAUUGAAUGCGUUUUCUUGAUUUUCUGCCCAUUUAAAGGGAGUGUCUUUCUUUAAUAGUUGUGUCAAUGGUUUUGCGACCUUGGAGAAAUCGGGUAUAAAUCUUCUGUAAUAUCCUGCUAGUCCCAGAAAUUGUUUGAUAUUUUUCACCCUCUUUGGUCGUGGAAAUUUUGAUACGGCUUCGACUUUCUUUGGGUCGGGUUUCACGCCAUCCUCACUAAUUAUAUGUCCUAAAUAAUUCACCUCGUGUCGUAAAAAUUCGCACUUAUCAGGUUGUAAUCGUAAUUUAGCUUUCCUCAGCCUUUCCAUUAAUUUAUUAAAUUUAAUUUCGUGUUCUUGGAGAGACGUGGAAUAAAUCACUAUGUCAUCCAGAUAGACGAAUAGUUCUAUUCCUUGCAGACCAGAUAAUAUUGAAUUCAUCAAACGUUGAAAUGUUGCUGGGGCAUUUUUUAAUCCAAAGGGCAUU